AUGCCAUCGCUACGCUCCUUUACCACCUUCGCCAGCGGCCUUCUCUCGCAGAUUCCUCUGGGGAACAUAAAUUCUCCCACGGAAUCACCAAACGCUCUUAGUUAUGGGCACCACUGCCCCGCUGAUAGUCCCUUAUCCUGUCACAACACCACCACUGCGCCUGAUAGCUGCUGUUUCAUCUACCCUGGCGGUCAACUUCUACAGACUCAGUUUUGGGACGCAAGUCCCGCGGUGGGCCCCGAUGAUUCGUGGACUCUGCAUGGUCUCUGGUACGCAUAUCUUGCAUUCUUCCCAACUUCAGAACCCCCAAUAGUCACCCUCCAACCAGUUCAAGUCACUCUGCUAACCACUUCCCCUCAAUCCAGGCCCGACCUCUGUGAUGGUUCCUACCCAACCUUCUGCAACGCCGCGCCCCGUCACUUCGACAUAACACAAACCCUCUCCGCCCGCAAGGAGCUAUAUCUCCUCGCCUACAUGGAAAAAUACUGGCUCCCCAACUCGGGCUCACCAGAGCGUUUCUGGCAACAUGAGUGGAACAAGCAUGCGACCUGCAUCAACACACUCUCUCCGAGCUGCUACGGGGAUGAAUGGAAGAAGGGAGAUGAAGUAGUGGAUUUCUUCACGAGGGCGGUGGAAGUUUUUAAGAGUUUGGAUACAUACCAAGCCCUCGCCACGGCCAACAUUCUCCCAUCCACAACAGCAACAUAUACAUCCGAUGAUAUCCGCGGCGCUCUACAAGCUAUCACCGGUAAGGAGGUGGCUAUUAAAUGCCGAGGGAACCAGCUCAACGAGUUGGAGUUGGUUACGAAUCCGGUCUCAGCGGACUUUGGAUAG